GCGGGCAGUGGGAUGCGGGCGGCGGGCGGAGGGCCGGGCUGCGGCUGCAAGGGGAUCCGCUCCUGCCUGCUCUGUGAGGGGCCCGCGCCGGCCGCUCCGCCCCCGCAGGGAGAAGAUAAUUUCACUUACUGUCCAGCAACAGGCCUAGCUAAAGGAAAUGAGCACUCGGAAUUUGCUGGCUGGGCAUUCCCCUUUCCAGGGGUGUUCCUGAUGGAGGAGUUCAUUAGUGAAGAUGAAGAGCGUGAGAUAGUGGAACUGAUGGAUCGAGAUGACUGGAAACCAUCACAGUCUGGCCGAAAGAAGCAGGACUAUGGACCCAAAGUGAACUUCAAGAAGCAAAGGCUGAAAGCUGACGGCUUUACCGGUUUGCCAAGUUUCAGCAGGAAGAUUGUGGCACAAAUGAAGGCCUGCUCUGUGCUCAGUGGUUUCUUACCUGUUGAACAGUGUAACCUGGACUACACACCGGAGAGGGGUUCUGCCAUAGACCCCCACUUUGAUGACUGGUGGCUGUGGGGGGAGCGUCUCGUCAGCUUAAACUUGCUCUCCAAAACCGUGCUCUCCAUGUCCUGUGACUCAGAGGACACUAUCCAAUUAUCCCCCACUUUCAGCAAAGGGGAAAUAAGCCCCCCCGGGUCUCUCACACAAACAUCAGCGUGCAGAAAUUCGGGCGAGGAGGGAAUCGAGGGCGUUGUGCCCCCGAGGCUGGUUCCCAGUAAGGAGGUGACUGUUGCUGUUCACUUGCCCCGGAGGGCGCUGGUGGUGCUGCAGGGGGACGCGCGGUACAAGUGGAAGCACGGGAUCCACCGCAAGCACAUCGAGAACCGCCGGGUCUGCGUCACGUUCAGGGAGCUCUCUGCAGAGUUCAGCGCCGGGGGAAGGCACGAGGAACUGGGCAAAGAACUGCUGGAAAUAGCUCUUUCAUUCCAAGGGAGGCCGGUGUGAUCAAGGGGAAGGCCGAGUUGCAUUUUGUUAGGAAAUUUGUAAAACGAGGUAGGGAAUUUGUACGACCCGGUUUAUUUGUGUGUGUGAGGAACCAGGUGUGUGCAGAGAGAAGCUCAAUAAAGUGGAAAUUUGACAAACAGAAA